UCGACUUUCUGCAGCAAAAUGGCGUCGUUGACAGCAGUCGUGCAGACGAGCCAGUCCGGCCCUUCAUUAUCGUCCAAGAAACGGAACGGAACCAUGACCCAAAGGAGGUCCAGACUUUGGGACAACAAUGUCCUCUUGUUCCUCUCGCUAGCGUCCAUGUUGCAUUGCGCUGGGGCUGACGGCAAAAUGUUGGUUCUCCUGGACAACUUCAACAUCCGAGACACCCAUUCAAUCUUCUUCCGCAGUCUGGCGGACCGUGGCUUCGACAUCUCAUUCAAGACGGCUGACGAUCCCUCCCUGUCUCUGAUCAAAUAUGGCCAGUUCCUGUAUGACCAUUUAAUCAUCUUUGCACCAUCAGUUGAAGACUUUGGAGGAAAUAUAAACGUGGAGACGAUUACAUCCUUUAUUGAUGGCGGAGGCAACGUCCUGGUUGCUGCCAAUUCAGAUAUUGGUGACCCUCUGAGGGAGCUGGGUAGCGAGUGCGGCAUUGAGUUUGAUGAGGAGAAGACUGCCGUCAUUGACCAUCACAACUACGACGUGUCUGACUCCGGAGAGCACACGCUGAUUGUUGCCGACCCAGAGAUCCUGAUGAAAGCCCCGACUAUCGUCGGCGAACCCACCAACAGACCCAUUUUAUUCAAGGGAGUUGGCAUGGUGGCAGACCCAGAGAACCCUCUUGUCUUGGACAUCCUCACUGGCUCGUCCACUACUUACUCAUUUUUCCCCGACAGACCCAUCUCACAGUACCCCCACGCCGUUGGCAAGAACACCCUCAUGAUCGCCGGCCUCCAGGCCAGAAACAAUGCCAGAGUGGUGUUCAGCGGCUCCCUGGACUUCUUCAGUGACGCCUUCUUCAACUCCGCGGUGCAGAAGGCCACGCCCGGCUCCCAGAGGUACGAGCAGACGGGGAACAUGGAGCUGGCCGUGGCGCUGUCCCGCUGGGUGUUCAAGGAGGCCGGAGUCCUCCGGGUCGGAGCCGUGACCCAUCAUCCUGUUGGACAGAGGAAUCCCCCAGCGGCGUACACCAUCACUGACCUUGUGGAGUACAGCAUCGUCAUUGAGAUGUUGUCCGAGGGCCGCUGGGUUCCCUUCAACGGAGAUGAUAUCCAGCUGGAGUUCGUGAGGAUCGAUCCCUUCGUCAGGACGUAUCUCAAGAGGACCGGAGAGAUAUACAGCGUCCAGUUCACGCUGCCCGACGUGUACGGAGUCUUCCAGUUCAAGGUGGACUACAACCGACUGGGCUACACGCAUCUCUACUCCACCACUCAGGUAUCCGUGCGCCCCCUGCAGCAUACUCAGUACGAGCGCUUCAUCCCCUCGGCCUUCCCGUACUACGCCAGCGUCUUCUCCAUGAUGGCGGGACUCUUUGUCUUCAGCAUCGUCUUCCUGCACAUGAAAGAGAAGGAGAAGUCAGACUAAUGCGGAGCAAGGGAAAACAAGAUUCGAGAAUUAAACUAGUGGUUUGAAGAGUUUAAAUUUAACGCUCUUCACGCAAGACUUGGACUGCAAUCCUACCGUAAAAAAAUAAAGUUAUACAGUUUCUGUUCGGUUUUUAAGUCUCAACAAAUACGGGGCUGGAGGUCCAAUUGUGACCGUAAUGCAGUGGUUGGGGUCAUUUUUUUUUUUUUUUUGGGGUACUGAAAAUCAUUCAAAGGCUUAGAAGUGUCCCGCAGUUAUUCGACAUUUGUAGGAAGUUGCUUUACAUUUGAGAAAUGAUCUCCUAAGUAGAGCACAUGCCUUGAAACCUGAGGAAUCUGAAAUUGCAUCCACAUGCUCUCAACCAGGACAGUUUAUUGGGGGGUAACUAUAUGCACUGAAUAUGCCAACUGCUAAUUUGUUUUUGAUAAAGUGUUUCCAAAAAAAGUUGACGUUGUCUUAACAAUAAAAUAUUGACAUUCCA